CGUAGAAAGGAAUCAGCUCAGGUGACGGGAUACGAUCUAUUUUUAACGACCAACUCAGCAAACAGUCAGACACAUGCCCGGAAGAUGGACUCGCUGUACAACGCCACCGAUUGUAACGGGACGACCGUCUCCGUUAACUGCACCGACGGCUUCAACCAGUUUGUCCAGCCGGUGUGGCAGAUCACGCUGUGGGCUGUCGCUUAUUGCAGCAUGGUUGCGGUGUCUGUGGUCGGUAACAUGGUGGUCAUCUGGAUUAUUCUGGCGCACAAGCGCAUGAGGACCGUCACCAAUUACUUUCUGGUCAACCUGGCCUUAGCCGAGGCUGCCAUGUCUGCGUUCAACACAGUGAUCAACUUUGUGUAUGCUGUUCACAACGAGUGGUACUUUGGCUUGGUUUACUGCCGCUUCCACAACUUCUUCCCCAUUGCGGCCAUAUUUGCUAGCAUUCAUUCCAUGACGGCCAUCGCUCUGGACAGAUACAUGGCUAUCAUCCACCCCCUGCAGCAGAGGAUGUCUUCCACAGAGACCCGUGUGGUGAUUGCUGUGAUCUGGAUGUUGGCUCUGCUUCUAGCCUUCCCUCAGUACUACUACUCCUCCACCGCCCUGCUGCCUGGACGCUCAGUCUGCUACAUAGACUGGCCUGAGUACUCCACUGUGGACUUCAAGAAGAUAUACUAUGUGUGUGUGACACUGCUCAUCUACUUCCUGCCCCUCUGCGUUAUGGGCUGCGCGUACACAACCGUAGGUGUCACUCUCUGGGCGAGUGAGAUUCCCGGAGACUCGUCCGAACACUACAAAGAACAGCUCAUUGCCAAACGCAAGGUGGUGAAGAUGAUGAUCGUGGUGGUGUGCACGUUCGCCGUCUGCUGGCUGCCCUAUCACGUCUACUUCUUACUGCACCAGUUCUUCCCCGAGCUGUUCGAGCAGCGCUACAUCCAGCAGGUGUACCUGGUCGUCAUGUGGCUGGCCAUGAGCUCCACCAUGUACAACCCAAUCAUCUACUACUGCCUCAACAGCAGGUUCAGAGCAGGUUUUCAGCAGGUGUUUUGCUGCUGCAACCCCACCAUCGUCAAGGAGGAGCUAGAGCUCAAGUCACCCCGUUACCUGCAAACACAGGUGAGCAUAUACCGAGCCAGCAGGAUGGAGACCGUUGUUUCCGCUGCCGACCAUCCUGCAGCAGAGGAGCAGAAGAGGGCUGAGCUGUGUUCUGUGGCUCUCACGUGGGGGUCACAUCCAAGUGGUGGUGACCUGCGCUCCGAGAUGUUCCCCGCGAGUCCUAAUAGUCCCUCGCAGCAGAGCAGACACCAUGAAGAGUGAUGUGCUGCAGUGUGAAAACAAAUUGCUGUGGAAGGGACAGUCGUGCUCAGAUGGCACAGAAAUCUGCACCUGAUCGGGUCCAUCACUGAUAUUUUGUUCGUGCCAUUUGGCAAAGUGCAUGAAGACCCAGUGGACAUCAUGAGAGGAGCAGGAACACUGCAGUGCGCCUCACACUGGUUCAUAUCGUCACUCAGCACGAGUGGGGCGUCGACACUUGACCCCCCAGCAUUCUCGGGCUGCCUUUAGAGUGAGACCCUCAGCUUCCCUUGGCAACGGCGCCACGUCAAGUUGAGUCUGCGGCGACGUGCUUGUGUUGUUGUGUGGAAAUAGGGAAGGCGGCUUCAGAGCGUGUGUGUGGAGAUCUAGCACCUGUUGGACGGGAUUAGCCCCCUUGUUUUGACAAUGUGUAGAGCGGGGUUCAGUCUACAGAGGCCAGGCCACAGGGCAGCUAAAUAUAGAGGACGGAGCGGCAGAAAGGAAGAGUUGAUAAAGUGGUGGAGAGGAAAAGAAAGGAUAGGAAAACAUGAGGAGCUUCACUGCAGCGAACCAUCUGUGUGCUCUCUUUACAGGCCGCAGACUGGGGGAAGUGAAUUGUCGCUGGUGAGGAAGGAAUGAUGCUAUUUCAGCCUCAGAGACAACAGCUGCACAACCCUGGUCAAAGAACGUCCACGUACAGUUUACUGAACUUCAACCACUCUCUUUCUCAUCGGGAGCAGAGACCAAAUAUUUUAUUUCAUGUGGUACAAGGAUGUCUUGCUGUUUACUGGUUCAUUUCAAUUACAGACUCUGCAAAUGAUCCAUGUAUUGUAUGUGUGAAAAUUGGUUAGUGCUAUUGACUUUAUGGGUUUUAACGAGGACUGGAACAACACGCUGAUUACAUGGAUAUAGUGAUUUGCAUGGAGUGCUCGAAUCCAAUCAUCAGAAGUGUGGGAAUACUUCAAACACUGAAACAAACGGUGCUCAGUACACUUUUUGAAAGUGAAAUGUCUGACAGCAGCUGAAGCCCUGUGCUCAGAAGACUCCUGAAAGGGUUCCUAAAACUUUCAGCCCUUGUCCCCGUAAAUAGUUCCACAGAUUUGUGACCCCCAUUAUUGCCAGAGGUGGUUGAAGCAAACAAAUAAUGUUGAUUUAAGCUAUUUUGAAUAAAAUAAAACACCUUCAUGCUCCUGUGGUGCUGCGUUUGACCUGCUGCAACUGAUGCUGACACCAAUCUGUCAAAAUCACCUCAGGGCUCAUGUGGGAAGAAAAAAGAAAAUUGGAAAGCUGAUGAAAUUGUUUUAUUUGAUUUGAUUUCAGUAAUUUUUACGAUAUCUCACGACCCUCCAGGGCGUCCCGACUCCGUUUGGGAGCCACAGUGCAGAUGCUAUUGGCUCUUGUUGGUAGUAUCAUAUUUUGGGGGGUCACAUUUAAGUAGUUUGGCAGUAUGUGCAUAUUUACCUAUGAGACUAAAUGAAGGAGACUUCACAGUGUAUGUAAUCUUUAGCAUAUCCAUAAUAUUAAAUUAAGUGCAUCUCCAAUUACAAAACCAACCACAUCGAACUCUAUCUGCAGUAAACCACGUUUCUUAAUGAGCCCUGUACUGCAUAAAUCAUAGCUUUGGAGGUGAAUAGUAUCAUAAUGUAUAAAAUAAAUCAUAGAUUCCAUGUUGAAAUAUGUCACAGAUUUUAUUUUAUGUGACCUUCAAUGUCUCAGGAUUAGGUUUAUAUAAAAAUAAUAAAUGAAAGAGAAUUGCUGUGGCUCUGCUGCCUUGGCAUUCAUCAGCAUCAUAUCUGACAGAGGAUUCACAGAAGGAGCAUUUGUUAUUUCCCUCAGAAAACUGACUUGUGUUUAAAGAUGCACGUGAUUGAAUCGUUGUUG